UCCGGGCAGCGUCCACGUGCCCAGGCAGCCCCUUCCUUCACCGCAGGUGCUCAUCAGCAUCAGCGUCCAGCCAGGCUCUCCCAGGCCUGAGGCUUCUCCCCUCGGAUCCCCAUCCACCUGGACAGCCCACCAUGGGGGCCCGCCCCGCGACGAAGCCACACCUGCUGCUGCUGCUGGCCACGGCCCUGGUCUCCUCCCCAGCUUGGAGUUUGGCCCAGGGAUCCCCAGCCACCUUCGGGCCUGUCUUUGAAGACCAGCCUCUAGGCCUGCUGUUCCCAGAGGAGUCCACAGAGGAGCAGGUGACCCUGGCAUGCCGGGCCCGGGCCAGCCCUCCUGCCACCUACAGGUGGAAGAUGAACGGCACAGAGAUGAAGCUGGAACCGGGCUCUCGUCACCAGCUGGUGGGCGGCAACCUGGUCAUCACAAACCCCACCAAAGCACAGGACGCCGGUGUCUACCAGUGCCUGGCCUCAAACGCCGUGGGCACUGUCAUCAGCAGGGAGGCCGUGCUCCGCUUUGGCUUUCUGCAGGAAUUCUCCAAGGAGGAACGCGACCCAGUGAAAGCCCACGAAGGCUGGGGGGUGAUGCUGCCUUGUAACCCACCCGCCCACUACCCAGGCUUGUCCUACCGCUGGCUCCUCAAUGAGUUCCCCAACUUCAUCCCGACGGACGGGCGUCACUUCGUGUCCCAGACCACAGGGAACCUGUACAUCGCCCGGACCAACGCCUCCGACCUGGGCAACUACUCAUGCCUGGCCACCAGCCACAUGGACUUCUCCACCAAGAGUGUCUUCAGCAAGUUCGCGCAGCUCAACCUGGCGGCAGAAGAUCCCCGGCUCUUUGCGCCCAGCAUCAAGGCCCGGUUCCCCACAGAGACUUAUGCACUGGUGGGACAGCAGGUCACCCUGGAAUGCUUCGCCUUUGGGAACCCUGUCCCCAGGAUCAAGUGGCGCAAAGUGGACGGCUCCUUGUCCCCGCAGUGGGCCACCGCCGAGCCCACCCUGCAGAUCCCCAGCGUGAGCUUCGAGGACGAGGGCGCCUACGAGUGCGAGGCGGAGAACUCCAGGGGCCGCGACACCGUCCAGGGCCGCGUCAUCGUGCAGGCGCAGCCCGAGUGGCUCAAGGUGAUCUCAGACACAGAGGCCGACAUAGGCGCCAACCUGCGUUGGGGCUGCGCGGCCGCCGGCAAGCCCCGGCCCACAGUGCGCUGGCUGAGGAACGGGGAGCCCCUGGCCUCCCAGGGCUCUGCACAGAAUCGGGUGGAGGUGUCGGCCGGGGACCUGCGGUUCUCCAAGCUGAGCCUGGAAGACUCGGGCAUGUACCAGUGUGUGGCAGAAAACAAGCACGGCACCAUCUACGCCAGCGCCGAGCUGGCCGUGCAAGCACUGGCCCCGGACUUCCGGCAGAACCCGGUCAGGCGCCUGAUCCCAGCGGCUCGGGGUGGGGAGAUCAGCAUCGCCUGUCAGCCCCGGGCAGCACCCAAGGCCACGGUGCUCUGGAGCAAGGGGACGGAGAUUCUGGGCAACAGCAGCAGAGUGACAGUGACACUGGACGGCACCUUGGUUAUAAGGAACAUCAGCCGCUCAGACGAAGGCAGAUACACCUGCUUUGCUGAGAACUUCAUGGGCAAGGCCAACAGCACGGGCGUCCUGUCUGUGCGCGAUGCAACCAAGAUUACUCUGGCCCCCUCCAGCGCCGACAUCAAUUUGGGCAACAACCUGACACUGCAGUGCCACGCCUCACACGACCCCACCAUGGACCUCACUUUCACCUGGACCCUAGACGACUUCCCCAUCGACUUGGACAAGCCCGGGGGUCACUACCGGAGGGCCAGCGCGAAGGAGACUGUCGGGGACCUGACCAUCCUGAACGCCCAGCUGCGCCACGGGGGGACGUACACGUGCAUGGCCCAGACGGUGGUGGACAGUGCAUCGAAAGAGGCCACCGUCCUGGUCCGAGGUCCCCCAGGCCCCCCGGGAGGCGUGGUGGUGAGAGACAUCGGUGACACUACCGUUCAGCUUAGCUGGAGCCGUGGCUUUGACAACCACAGCCCCAUUGCCAAGUACACCCUGCAAGUGCGCACCCCACCCGCGGGGAAGUGGAGGCAGGUUCGGACCAAUCCUGCCAACAUCGAGGGCAAUGCCGAGACCGCCCAAGUGCUGGGCCUCACGCCCUGGAUGGACUAUGAGUUCCGGGUGUUGGCCAGCAACAUCCUGGGUACCGGUGAGCCCAGUGGGCCCUCCAGCAGAAUCCGGACCAAGGAAGCAGUCCCUUCGGUGGCACCCUCGGGACUCAGUGGAGGAGGUGGAGCCCCCGGAGAGCUCGUCGUCAGCUGGACUCCCAUGUCACGGGAGUACCAGAACGGAGACGGCUUCGGCUACCUGCUGUCCUUCCGCAGGCAGGGCAGCAGCAGCUGGCAGACCGCCCGAGUGCCUGGCGCCGAUGCCCAGUACUUCAUCUACAGCAACGAGAGCAUCCGGCCCUACACGCCCUUUGAGGUCAAGAUCCGCAGCUAUAACCGGCGCGGGGACGGACCCGAGAGCCUCACGGCGAUAGUGCACUCUGCGGAGGAAGAGCCCAGGGUGGCCCCCACCAAGGUCUGGGCCAAGGGGUUCUCAUCCUCAGAGAUGAACGUGACCUGGGAGCCUGUGCAGCAGGACAUGAGCGGGAUCCUCCUGGGGUACGAGAUCCGCUACUGGAAAGCUGGGGACAAAGAAGCCGCUGCUGACCGGGUGAGGACAGCAGGGUUGGAGACCAUUGCCCGUGUCACCGGUCUGUACCCCAACACCAAGUACCACGUGACCGUGCGGGCCUACAACCGGGCUGGCACCGGGCCCGCCAGCCCCUCCACCAACGCCACCACCAUGAAGCCCCCGCCUCGGAGAUCCCCCGGCAACAUCUCCUGGACCUUCUCCAGCUCCAGCCUCAUCAUCAAGUGGGACCCUGUGGUCGCUCUCCGAAAUGAGUCUGCAGUCACGGGCUACAAGAUGCUGUACCAGAGUGACGUGCACCCGACUCCCAUACUGCACCUCAGCAGCAAGAACUGGAUAGAAAUCCCCAUGCCGGAGGACACUGGCCGUGCCCUCGUACGGAUUCGGACCACGGGGCCCGGAGGGGACGGGACCCCGGCAGAAGUCCACAUCGUGAGGAACGGAGGCACGGGCAUGAUGGUGGAGAACGCGGCGGUCUGCCCGGCCCCACACGCCGGCGCCAUCCUCUCCCGCUCAGUGGCGAUGCUCGUCCUCAUAGGCUACCUGGAGCUCUGAUCUCAGAGCCCACGGCCACCUCCCCCGGACACAGCCAGCGGGUCCUGGCCCCUUCCCGACGCCACGGUGGCCUGACACUGUGCGGAGGGGCUGGCUUCGAACACCUGCUUUAAACAGUGUCCCUCUGUUGGAAGCAGGGUAUUUCUUAUUCUGCCACCGAAGAGCACGGCGCAAGGAUUUUUUUUUUCUUUGAAUUGAGGCACCAGGCAGUGACUUCUAUGAUGAUGCUGAGCCCACCGCCUGGACCCCAAAGGAACAGGCCUAUUGGGAAAGAGUUUAAUGCCACCUGCCAAGCAGCAGAGAUGGCACUCUGAGACCACGUGUGGCUCUGCCACCUGACUGCAGUCUUGGUCCCCGCAGGACACUGGGCAGGCUAAAGACGUGGGACCAAGCACAAAUAGCAACUUCCCUCAGCUAAAGUGAAGGCAAACCCUGGGACCACAGCCCCCCAGUCUCCCGAGGAGUGGCACGACGGGACCUGGCUUUGUCCUCCAUGACCCCGAGCAGCCCUGCCUGCCCUGGAGGCUGAGAGCCAGGGCCCGAUGCCCGGGGCUGGGAGCCCAAACUCCUUUGGUGUUGGGGUGAGGCUUCAGGCUGCUUCAGGGGGAGCUGCAAAGGGCUGAGGCUGGCACCCCCGCUGGAAAGGGGCACCUGCCCAGGCCUGAGGCACAGCCACCGUCCAGGUGACACUGCCCUCCCAGCCAACACUGCCAACCCAACCCUGUCACCCCAAGGGUGAUAGAGCCACGUCAGGUGGCUGGGUGACCUAAGGGCUUGCUUUGGGGAGGGCCCCCGCCCCUCCACCUCCAUCCUGCACAGCCCCCUCCUUCCUCCGGCCCCGCCUCUGCCUCCCCCACUUACAGGCAGGGCCAGAGUGUAACGUCCACUCUGUCCUCCCUCGUCCUGAGGCCGAGAGGCUCUGGGAAGGCAAGGAGAGACAUGGCCCUGCCUGCUCCUGGGAAUUCUCUGGACUGCCUGGUGAGACCAGAUCCCAGACUGCUUGAACCACUCUUCCAUUCCCAGAGGAAAAGGGGGUCAAUAAAGGGACAUCCUACCUUGAGCUCAGGGUGUGUUCCCAGUCACAAGCCAUCAGAGCCGGAAGAGGCCUUAGAGCUCGAUUUGUCCACACCUGGCCCUUCACGGAUGAUGAAAUGGAGGCCAAAGAGUGCUAGGGACUCCUCAGAUCCCAGCCUGUAAGUGCAGGGCUGGGCUAAGAACUGGAGUCUCCUACCUGUCUGCUGGAGGCAGUGCCGGCUGUGAAGGUGGCUGAGGCCAGAGUGGGAUGUGCCUCCUCCCUGAGUUCAGCCUGGUGAUCACGUGCAUCGGCCGGCCUGGCCCAUCCUGGCGCAGGCAGAUUUCCUGGAGACAUCCAGGUCCUCUCUGCCUUCUUAGCCUGGCUUCUGCUGGGAACUCCACAUGCUGUGCUGGCUCGAAGGCCCUAGCCCCUUUACCCUUGCUCCAGAAAGAGGCCAAAGCGAGGACAGGAGUCCCUGGAUGGAGGCCGUGGGGGCAGUACAGCCGGCAUCCCCAAAGCCUGCACUGACGGGGCCUCUCAUGUUCAGAAGCAAUGGGACGAGCAUCUGGAAGGGAUCUGCCCGCAAAGACCUUAAGCCUGUUUUCUGUAGUUUACAGUUAGAGCUCUAUUUUGCUAGGGUUUUUUAAACUUCUAAGUCCUGCUCUAUUUUCUUGGGCGGGUUUAUGUUGAUGUUUACCCACUACAGUUUUUUUAAAAACGUAAGGUCACACACCUUCUCCUGAGCCCCUCACCUGCUCCCCAUCCCCAUGAGGGCGCUGGGGCUCAGCUCCCAGCCAUUCCUCCUCGCAGGGACUCCAGGUGGCCUAGCCCCUUUCUGUCCCCUGCUAGCUGGGCUUUGGCCUGUGCCCAGCAGGGUGAAAGGGGACAGUGAGAGACACAAGCUUUCCAAGCUUCGUCUGAUUCUCUCCUCACUCAGCAGGGAGGCAGGGGAUGGGGUCCAGUUGCCGGAGUGAGGGAUGACCUGGCUUGGCACAGGCGAAGCUUGCUUGAAGAAAUACAACCAAGUACUUCCUUUUAAUGAGGUCCACGAGGAAGAGGAAGGCAGAUCUGCUGGGAGACCCGGGGAACAUUUUAAUCAAGAAACUGUCACCACUGUGCAGGUAGAAUUUGUUGGAUGGGGAUGUAGAACUGUACUAAAGGCAGACGGUCCUGUGCAGCCUGAAAUUCCAGGUAGAGUGCUAAGUUUUGCUGAGACGGAGGUGACUUGAGGACAUGCACGCUCGCACAGCCCUCUUGCUUGGACCUGUGCUUGCUUGGAGCAGCAGACUAGGCUACACAGCUUCUCAGUCUCUUCCUGCUGAGGGAGUGGGGUUCAGCCCAUCCCCAUGACUAAGUGCUAGAUUUCCUCCUCACACACCACGCCCCAGAGGAGGCGACAAGGGAGACAGCUUGCCCUACAGCUUGGUGGCCAGUGAAUGUCUUGAAGAUGGGACAGCCACCUAGCAGACAGCUGUCCAGGAGCCAGGGAGACAGGUGCCCCAGUCGGCACACAGGGCGUGGCUUCUGGGUCCUAGCGGCAUAGGGCAGGGCAGCUCUCUCCAGGGCUUCGAGGUCAGUGCUUUCACUCAGAGCAGGAACAGAGCUGGUGUCAGAGAGGCAGGCCAUGGGGGCAGGGCUGGGGCAUCCUUUUCUCUAUUUGAUAAAGUAACAAUAGGAGAGACUGGAAUUAGGUCUUGGGAAAAGCUUCCACAGAGACCCUGGCACGAGUUCAGCGGCCUCUUGUCUAGGGGUCUUUCAGAAUUUUGAGUCUCACAGAGGGAUCUGGGCCACGUGAAGUUGUGACGUGGGCCACGUGAAGUGACGUGAGAGGGUGGGAGAUGCCUGAAGUUUUUCCAGAACUGAGGUUCUCAGAAUCAAGUGUUGCACACAGGAAAUCUUGGAGAAGCCAUCUGCUGUGGUCUGGCACCUUACAGGAAGCCAUAAAGGGGAAAGGCUCACCCCAGGGAUUAUGGUUACCACCCAGUGCCUUCCCCAGUGGGCACUGCCCCAGGGCAGUCCCAAGAGCCACCCACCUGCACUCAGGGCAAGAGCCCUAAAAUGUAAGGUGGCUGAGGAUGUCGGACUCCCCUUGUUUCCUUCCCACGUCCAACUGACUCCCAAUGGGGCUCCCUCCUGUACGUCAGGGGACAGCAGUCCCCACACACCUGGGUCCCUGGCACAGGCGUGGUGCUGUCUCCCUAGCUUGAGCGGAACCUGGGAAAAGAGGGCAUUUUGCUAAGGGACUUCAAGAGUUCUGCAGAACAGGCAUCUGAUGGCGGGGUGCCCUGUGGACUUGUACAUGUGUCCUAGCUUUGGGAGGCAGGGCAAGGACAGUUGAAGAGGAACAAAAGGGGUCACAGCUUUGCCUGAGCCCCAGGCAGCCUCAGAGGCCUAAGGCAUUUUGUGCCUUAGAUGGGCUGCAUCCUGUCGUGGCCCAAGACACCAACUUAUCACCCAUGCUGGGACCCCGGUAGCUUAGAGCGCGGGACUUGGCAAUGCUAGGCCUUCGCUGGACCACUGACUUGAAGGAUUUUGUUCAAACGGAGCCACCCUUCUGGCCCCUGAUUUUGCUCUUGUACUUCUUGUAAUGGUAGCUAUUUAUCGACUCUGGUAGCAGGCAGUUCUUAAAUAAAGAUGGUUUCUCAACCUGCUGAGGUGG